UGUACCAGGUGGCAACGUUGGCAAAUUGUUUAAAUUCCAAUUUGACGUAAAACCCGGCUUAGCCGUUUAAAAUCAGCGCCAAAAUGAACAUAGUCAAUUAAAGCGAAGACAAUAAACCCUAGACGACAAGAUAAGCAUGCUACACGAAGGAAAUAAUGAUUUUGUGGUCCUCACAGAAGUGGUUCGCCAGCAGUAUGUGCGCUAUUUGGAACGUCAGCUGCAGGAGAACGUCUGCGCCUGGGCCAACCAAUCCCGGAAUCGCCACAAGCCCACGGCUUGGGCCUGCAUUCCUGCGAGCUUGGAGCAACUGGAGGACAAGGCGAAAAAGGCAUGCAUGGCUGCUCAGAUCUAUCAGAGAGCCAUGGUCAAGACGAUUGCUGCGGUGCGGAGGAACACACAGGAGUGCCGCCUGGCCAACACUCUCUUCGACCAAAUGCAGCUUUUAGCUGAAGACGAGGUGGUACCCAUUAAAACAGGUUACCUCUUGGUGGAUAAGGCCACACAAACAAUUGCCAUAGAGGCCCAGAAUGGUCACGUUUCUCCUGCCGAAGUGGCUUAUGAUGGUAGCUAUGAGCUACGGCGGAAAAUCGAUAUGUUUCAGGCCAGCCUCGAAGAGGCGGAAGUUCAGAAGGAGACGCUUUGUCGACGUUGCCGGAGAAAGAACCAAAGUCCUGAGCACAAGCCACAGGCUAACCAUGAAUCACCCUUCUCCGAAACCGAAGAUGCAGUGGCCCAGGAGCUGGCCAUGUUGUUCGGCGAUGAGCCCACCGAUUUAAAUGACAUCUUUGGCAUCGAGCCCACUGCUGUGACCGACGAUCCGCAAAUCUCGGCCAUACUGGAUGAGAUCGAAAACGCCGAGCUGCCGGAAAAGAUGGAAGACCCGCCCACAUCCCCAACCGUAACAUCGACAAUCGUACAUCACAGCGAAGUGGAUCUUCGCCAGAGUCGUUGGCCCUGCGAGCUCUACGCGCAGAGGAGGCGACUCAAUGCCUGUUUGGUUCGCUUGCUGGAGGCAGAUUGGCGUUGUGAGGAUCGCCUCAGGUACAAGUUCCACCUGUUUUUUGGCGAGGAUAGCGAAGAUGAGUUCGCCACUCAAAUAUCCAGUCCACCAAUCGAUUUGGUGGACGAAGUACUGCUGGCCAGCUGCGUGCUUCGUAUUCGACCGUGGAUUGUGCGACAUUUGAUGAGUCCCUUAGAGGAGGGUCUUAUCGCCAACAGAUUUCUGUUCAAGAAACUUGCCAAGAUGCUGGCCCACUCCAUUGUCAUGGUCAAUCCCUAUUGCUCGGAGCAGCAGAUUAAGAAAGUUGUGGAGCAAUUAUUCUGCCUUAGGCCAAGAGGAGUCCAAAGUGCGUAUGAUCUGGACAGUCUGCCAGCCUUGGAUGUCGCAAAAUUUGAAUUGUGAGGCGGUUUAAUGGAUUAGUAUUACAGCUAUUUAGUAUUUUAGGUUUAUAUGUAUAAGCUAGCAAACUAAAAAUCUCAGGAGAAGCAUGUUGCUUAUAGAGGAAUCUCAGCAAUUUUACUAGAAAACGCAAUCGAAGUCUUUCAUUCGAAUAUUAAUUUUAAACACAUAUCCCGAAUAAUUCCUUUAAUGAAUUUUAUAAUUUUAAAACUUAAGCUUCCA